GCGUCUUCUCCAAAGCUAAAACAAAUAAAUUAUGAUGUUUUACAUGAAGCAUGCCAUUUUGAAGGACUUAACGAGAAACUGGAAUCCAAGGUGUUUUUUACCUUCCGCCUAAAUCUAAGUACACGGGCGAUUUCGCAUUGCAGCCCCAUCGAUACGAGGCCGUGGCCGCCGUGGCUUUCCGAAGCUCAAGUGUUACGUGCGCCAUCAGGCGAAAAAAAAAAAGCCGAUGUUUCACAACUGACAGCGAGAGAGCAUAAAACAAAUGUGCUUGUGGAAAAGCGAUUGCAACAAUGCGUAGAAAGAUUACGCGGCUGAACCAAACGGUUGGUUUGCCUCUUACAUUCGUCGUAGGGACGAAAAAAGGUGAAGGCUAUACGUCUGGAACGCGUCCAAGCCACUUCACUGACAUCACGCACUCGUAUCGGCGAGCGGGACUGCAGCAAACAGUGCAACGGACCCAGUUGGACGAGACGCUGAGAUAGAACACAAGUACCCGUUUGGCCGACUGUUAUGCUUCGAAAACGCACAGGUUCAAUGGAGCAACGAGGACCCUUCUACCAAAUAGUAGAUGGCCUACCCAGAUGUCCAAAUGUCGACCCGGUCUUGGUGAGGAAAGCGCUGAAUUUCAAAGCCUCCAAGGGAGAUCUGGUGCAGUGGUCGUUUCCAAAAAGCGGGACACACUGGGUGCAGUACAUCAUCCAACUCAUUCUGAACGAAGGAGAAGGCGUGGAGAAUUACGACCAGUUCACCAGGAACACCCGCCCGAUGGAGUACGUUGGCGUCGACGACUGGAGACCAGCGCUGGCGUUGCGAUGCUUCGUCACCCAUCUCCAACCACAACCAGAGUUCAUGAGCAACGAAGCCAAGUAUGUGUACGUGGCCAGAAAUCCUUGGGACGUGUGUGUGUCUCUGUUUCACAUGGUCACCAACCUCAGCGUCUACCAUUUCGAGGACGGCACGUUCGACGAGUUCUUUGAGUACUUCUUGAACAAGGACUUUGGAUACGGCUCCUAUGUUGACCACGUAGCCAAGGGAUACGCUCUCAGAGACAGGGCCAACGUACUCUUCCUCACUUACGAGCAGCUGAAAAGGGAGCCCCGCGACACCGUACUAAAACUGGCACGCUUUCUUGGCGAUCGCCAUGUCAAGAUUAUAGAGGACGGUGAAAAUGGCUUGCUAGCCCGGAUCCUGGAACUGUCUUCACCCAGCCAAAUGAAGAGUGUCAUUGUGAUGAACUUGCGCAGCAAGGAGUGGGAGGGUAUGAUGACUAGAAAUAACAUGACCUGUAAGGACGGUUACGGUGGGGACUGCAGAAAGUACAGCAUUGUGAGGAAUGCUCAAAUUGGCGAUUGGAAGAACUACUUCAAGCCUGACCAGCUUCAACGCUUCGAGGCGAAAAUUAAGGCGGAAGGAGAGAAAGCUUCGUUUAUGGAUUUGUGGGCAGACAUCAGGAAAGAGGCGCUUGAAUUAGCUUUUUCGUAAGCGAACUAAAAUUUGCGUUGACCAAUCACGGACGAAACAAGGCAAUGCAAUACACAGCACAGUCAGCUAUAUAUGUCCUGUAUUUUGUGCCGCUUUCUCCUUGACAGUGCUACGCCCACUCGACUGCACCUUUAUAUUUCGCGUCGCAAAUUUACCCUUCGAUGUGUGAACAUACAAAUGCCUUCGUAAGAAAUCAACUAACGUUUGGAAGGACAGAACUUCGACAACAGAAAGCAAGGAACGCGGCUAUUUAUUUUGCCAAUAUCUAGGGGCGCUGUUACUCUAAUCAUGUCCAAGCGACUAGCCCAGAUUUGCACCUUGCUUCUUUGGAGACCCCGUGAAGCUAUUGGAUAUUUCGGCAUGGUGACGUACACCUGCGCCACUAGUUCUGUAGGAAUGUCUCUAACUGCACAUCAAUGGGGCAGUACCAGCGAACGUUGUUUGUAAAUAAUCGGGCAGAAGCAAUGGCCCCUUGAAAUAGUUGUGACGAUGAUUAUCAUGUGUGUGUUAGCGUUCUUGAAAAUUCCUAAAUAUGUGCACGAAAGGAAGAACUCUGAAAUGUGGUACUGGGCUAUUACUGCAGGACUUUACAGAAGAGAAUUUGGCAGACAUCACUUCCAUUAUGAAUUAAAAAAUGACAGCGCUGUUGUAAUAUACUUCACUUCAUGACACUUGAACCUGCUUGUAGUGGGCUCGUGCUUGCUUUUCCCUCUGACAAGUUGUGCAAGGUUCAUUGCGAUUCCUUACGUGUGAAGAAUUUUACGUCAUCGCAAAUGAUUGUUGUCGCUUCAUUAUUGCGUUCGAAAAUUUCAUGGUAAGCAAAGAGCGAAGCCUUAAUAUUACCACACUCUAACGCUCACUAGCGUCUACGCGAAGCGUUUGGGGCUAAAGGUUUUUCAAGCCAGUAGACUGUUCGAUAACUAUCUGCUUUCUUGGUGACGACCAGGAUUUUGAACCGAAAUAUAUCCGGGUUCGGCAGGGGUUCGGGCUCAACGCACUGCGGUUUUGUGAUGGUCCACUUUCGGUUGGGAGAAAUAAAAAGACGAUUCAAACUCCA